AGAUCAGAAGUAUGAAGAGUGGCCGAGCUGCUGGCGGUGUGCUGAGGCUGGGAGAACGGGACGGGCUGCAGGAGGAGAAGGGCUUUGUGGCAUUGCAAGAAGAAAUCGGACUUGGGAAGCUGUGUUAUACACCACCCACGGAAAAGCCAUCAGUCCGGGUGUAUAUGCAUGGGCCCCGAAGAGAGCAAAAUAAUACUAACCACCCAGAAUAGUAUGGAUCAGACGAGUAGUGGAUUGUUGGGAACAUGUGUACCUGGGUAUUACAAGUGGAUAAACAAUGUGCAGUGCUCUGAGCCCAAAGGCACGAGGACCUGGCCUUUCUGAUAUGCAUCAAUACAGCCAGUGGCUGGCCAGCAGACAUGAGGCCAACUUAUUACCGAUGAAAGAGGAUCUAGCGCUGUGGCUCACAAACCUACUGGGUAGGGAAAUAACGGCAGAAACUUUUAUGGAGAAGUUGGAUAAUGGUGCCUUGCUCUGUCGACUAGCUGAGACCCUACAAGAGAAAUUUAAAGAAAACAGUUUUGAUGCAAACAAGCCUGGCAAAACCCUGCCAGUGCGGAAGAUUCCAUGCAAAGCCAAUGCUCCUUCAGGGUCUUUUUUUGCACGAGACAACACAGCAAAUUUCUUAUCCUGGUGCAGAGAUGUGGGGGUGGACGACACAUGCCUAUUUGAAUCAGAAGGCUUGGGAUGUGGAGCCAAAGAAUAUUCUUCAUCUAUUUCUUCGAAAAGAAUCUACACAGCAAGACGAGGACAAGGGGAAACUUGUCCAUUUACACCAAAGUCUGAAUUUAUUCCCAAGAGGAGGAUUCCACUAAGACGGGUAUCUCUGGAGAAAAGAAAACAAGUCCUCCACAAGCAGCCCAGAGAAGUGUGCCUUUGUUUGCUGGAACUUGGAAGGAUUGCAGCCAGGUUUGGUGUGGAACCUCCUGGGUUAAUAAAGCUGGAGAAAGAGAUUGAACAAGAGGAAAUACUUUCAGCUCCUCUUCCGUCUCCUUCACCCUCCCCAACAAAAUCUCCAGGGAAAAAGAGCACAGGAAAACUGUUGGAUGAUGCUGUCAAACACAUUUCUGAAGAUCCUCCUUGUAAAUGCCCCAACAAAUUCUGUGUGGAGCGUCUUUCACAAGGACGGUACAGAGUUGGAGAGAAGAUCCUCUUUAUUAGGGAAAUCCCGUGGGCAGAAGAAGAGAGAUGAAUAACAAAGUGAGAACAAGGUCAAAAUCGUUAAUGCACAUUCUUACAAAGUAUAAAUGUUCUAAUUAUCUAACAAAACAGGUGCAGCACAGGCUAUGGCAGUGCCAGCAUCCCUAAACUGCCCAGUCAAGUGCCUCAAUCCUAAAUGGGUCCAAUUGCCUUGAGGGAUGAGAGAGUAGUUCAUUUUCCAUGACUAGCCAAAUCUCUGGCUUCUCUGCUGAGAUGGCCAGAAAGGAUGAUUUGUGUUGUGGGCACCUGUCAACAAGUAAUUGGAUUCAGUUUACAUAAUCUACUAAACAGCUAUCAGACAGUAAUGAUUUUGGGUCAGUACCCUCUUGGAUCAGAUUGAAUAGGUAAGGUAGAUGUAAAAGACUACAUAUGCUGUUCUACCCCAUUGUCCUGAGCCAUCCAAUCCUUCAUUCCACUGAUUUUAUCAUUUUAAAAAGAACAGCAGAAAAAGAAAGUUAAUGUACUGUGAUCAAAUAUGAGCAUGAAUCUGUUUGUUGCCAAACUGUGUUUACUGGAAGUCAUUUUGCUUUUGACUUUCUCUCUGACCUAAAUAAAAACAUUUACAAAACCCUACUAACCUUGAAGAAAGUGUAAAUGUCAAGAGCAUAGUUGUGAUUAUUAACUGGUUUUCUGCUGACAUCAAUUCAGUAAGCUUCCGCAUUUGGAAAAAAAAUAAUAAUCUGCCUUUCUAUAUGCAACAUAAAUAUUUCCAUUACCUCUUCAAAAGAAAAUCUGCUAAGAGGCUGUUAUAUACGUAACAACAGCUUGCCUCAGGUAAAGAAUUCUUUAAUGCCUUAAUUUAAGCCAGUGACACUGCACAAAUACUGUGAGAAUCUCAAGGUUAUUCAGGUCUGCUUAUGUCACUGAAAUGAGUGACACGAUUGGGGAGGAUAAAACACCUCCUAAUCAGAGUACAGUGGUAUCGUAAUUCAAAAGCCCAAGCAUCUGGUCCCUUGGU